CGCGGGAGCCGGAGACCCCGCGCCGCCGCCCGUCCGCCGGGCUCGCGCGGAGAAGGAGGCGGAGAAACUUUGCCUUUUAUUGUUGUUUCUAGUCCUUGAGUGCAAGGAACUCUGUGGGGGGGAGGAAAAAUGUCCUUCUUCAAUUUCCGUAAGAUCUUCAAGUUGGGCAGCGAGAAGAAGAAGAAGCAGUACGAGCACGUGAAGAGGGACCUGAACCCCGAGGAGUUUUGGGAAAUCAUAGGCGAGCUGGGCGACGGAGCCUUCGGGAAAGUGUACAAGGCCCAGAAUAAAGAGACUAAUGUUUUAGCUGCUGCAAAGGUGAUUGACACAAAAUCUGAAGAGGAACUUGAAGAUUACAUGGUUGAGAUUGAUAUAUUAGCAUCUUGUGAUCACCCAAAUAUAGUCAAACUUCUGGAUGCAUUCUAUUAUGAAAACAAUCUUUGGAUCCUCAUUGAAUUUUGUGCAGGUGGAGCAGUAGAUGCUGUGAUGCUUGAACUUGAGAGACCAUUAACUGAGUCCCAAAUACAAGUUGUUUGCAAACAGACUUUGGAGGCAUUGAACUACUUACAUGAUAAUAAAAUCAUCCACAGAGAUCUAAAAGCUGGCAACAUACUUUUUACUUUAGAUGGAGAUAUUAAAUUAGCGGAUUUUGGAGUAUCAGCUAAAAACACAAGGACAAUUCAAAGAAGAGACUCUUUUAUCGGCACACCAUAUUGGAUGGCUCCUGAAGUAGUCAUGUGUGAAACAUCUAAGGACAGACCCUAUGACUACAAAGCUGAUGUCUGGUCCCUGGGCAUCACUUUAAUAGAAAUGGCUGAGAUAGAACCACCUCAUCAUGAAUUAAAUCCAAUGAGAGUGCUGCUAAAAAUUGCAAAAUCGGAGCCUCCUACAUUGGCACAGCCAUCGAGAUGGUCUUCAGAUUUUAAGGACUUUCUUAAAAAAUGCUUGGAAAAGAAUGUGGAUGCUAGGUGGAAUACAUCUCAGCUUCUACAGCAUCCAUUUGUUACUGUUGAUUCCAACAAACCCAUCCGAGAAUUGAUUGCAGAGGCCAAGGCUGAAGUAACAGAAGAAGUUGAAGAUGGCAAAGAGGAAGAUGAUGAUGAGGAAACAGAAAAUUCUCUGCCAAUACCUGCAAGUAAGCGUGCCUCCUCUGACCUUAGUAUUGCCAGCUCUGAAGAAGAUAAACUUUCACAAAAUGCUUGUAUUUUGGAAUCUGUCUCAGAGAAAACAGAACACAAAAUUUCUGAAGAUAAAUUCAGCAGCAAAAUUGUUAAUGAAAACUCCACAACUACUGAACCUGAAAAGGCCAUGGAGAGUGUCAAUGAACAUGUUAAUGCUCAUUUAGAAGCUCUCACUGACCUCCAUGAUAGAACAGCGAUUCUCAAGGAGAAUGGGAGAGAGGAGAAGAGACCUAAACUUGAAAAUUUACAUGAGGCAGAAGACCAAGAAACUGUGGAUGUUAAUUCAGUCGCUGAAGGAAAAGAGAAUAAUAUAAUGAUAACUUUAGGAACAAACACUGAAUACAAUCCUGAGGAAGGAAAGGAUCAUCAGGACAAGCAACAGAUAUUUGAAAGUAAACUUGUAAAAUCUGAAGAAAUUAAAGAUACUACUAUUCAAACAGUGGAUUUAGUUUCUCAAGAAACUGGAGAAAAAGAGAUGGAUGAUCAGUCAGUUGAUAAGGAAAUUGGGCUUAUGAAGGAAGAUACUCAGGAGAAAUUGGCAAAAGAUGACAACACUCAAAACAGUGUAAUCAGUGAUAUAAGCAAUGUAGUAGGAACAAAUGAGGCAGUAGACGUUGCUCAGAAGGCAGCUGAAAACAGUGCUGAGCAAGCUCAGAGUCAUGAUCUGGAAGAAGUGGUUGAAGUUGGUCAGAAAUUAAUUAAUAAGCUCACGGAGGGCUCUGAGGCUGGAGGUGCUGAGGAAGUUCCUGUUAAAGAUACAGUUGAAAUUAAUGAGCUAGAUCAAAAAUCUAUAGAAGGCAAAAAUGAGGAACAAUUAAGCAAAAGUUCAGAAAACACAUCGGAGACCAAUGAGGAACCAGGAACAAAUGAAUUAGAGGAACUUACUGGAUCAAGUAGUGCUGAAGAAAUAGAGGUCACAAGUGCAGCGACUGAUGCUGACCAAAAGGCUUUGGAAAGUGAAACUCAGGAUGCUCCCAUAGCCACUACUCAGAUAGACACAGAAAAAAAAGAAAUCCCAUGUGAAAUGCCAAGUAAAACAGAACCUCAAGUUACUACUGUAGCUUCUCAACCCAGUGAACCUGUGUCUGUUCCAAUACCCAGUAUUAACAUCAACUCUGAAGAAGCAGAAACUAAAGGAGAAAUAGGUGCUUUACCAAAACCUGAAGGCAUGCUGCCACCAGAAUCAGAGAAUCAAAAGGAAAAUGAUACUGAUUCAGGCACUGGGUCCACUGCUGAUAAUAGCAGCAUUGACUUGAAUUUAUCCAUCUCUAGCUUCCUAAGUAAAACUAAAGACAGUGGAUCAAUAUCUUUACAAGAAACAAGAAGACAAAAGAAAACAUUGAAGAAAACACGCAAAUUUAUUGUUGAUGGUGUAGAAGUGAGUGUAACAACGUCAAAGAUAGUUACAGAUAGUGAUUCCAAAACUGAAGAAUUGAGAUUUCUUAGACGUCAGGAACUUCGGGAAUUAAGAUUUCUUCAAAAAGAAGAGCAAAGAGCCCAACAACAGCUUAAUGGCAAAUUGCAGCAACAACGGGAACAAAUUUUCCGGCGCUUUGAGCAAGAAAUGAUGAGUAAAAAGCGACAGUAUGACCAGGAAAUAGAGAAUCUAGAAAAACAGCAGAAACAGACCAUUGAACGUCUGGAACAAGAACAUACAAAUCGCUUGCGAGAUGAAGCCAAGCGCAUUAAAGGAGAACAAGAGAAAGAGCUGUCCAAAUUUCAGAAUAUACUAAAGAACCGAAAGAAGGAGGAACAAGAAUUUGUUCAGAAGCAACAACAAGAAUUAGAUGGCUCUUUGAAAAAGAUCAUCCAACAACAGAAGGCAGAGUUAGCCAAUAUUGAAAGAGAGUGCCUGAAUAACAAACAACAACUCAUGAGAGCUCGAGAAGCUGCAAUUUGGGAGCUUGAAGAACGACACUUACAAGAAAAACACCAGCUGCUCAAACAGCAACUUAAAGAUCAGUAUUUCAUGCAGAGACAUCAGCUACUUAAGCGACAUGAAAAGGAAACAGAACAAAUGCAGCGUUACAAUCAACGACUUAUUGAGGAGCUGAAAAACCGACAGACUCAGGAAAGAGCAAGACUGCCCAAGAUUCAACGCAGUGAAGCCAAGACUCGAAUGGCCAUGUUUAAGAAAAGUUUGAGAAUUAACUCAACAGCCACACCAGAUCAGGACCGUGACAAAAUUAAACAAUUUGCAGCCCAGGAAGAAAAGAGGCAGAAAAAUGAGAGAAUGGCUCAGCAUCAAAAACAUGAAAAUCAAAUGCGAGAUCUUCAGCUGCAGUGUGAAGCCAACGUGAGAGAACUGCAUCAGCUGCAGAAUGAAAAAUGCCACCUGUUGGUUGAGCAUGAGACUCAGAAACUAAAAGAGCUAGAUGAAGAACACAGCCAAGAAUUAAAGGAGUGGAGAGAGAAGUUGAGACCUAGGAAAAAGACAUUGGAAGAAGAGUUUGCCAGGAAACUCCAGGAACAGGAAGUGUUCUUUAAAAUGACUGGAGAGUCUGAAUGCCUUAACCCAUCAACACAGAGCCGAAUUUCUAAAUUCUAUCCCAUUCCUAGCUUGCAUUCCACUGGAUCGUAACAGUGGGAGGACUUCUGUGGUCUGGGUGGCUUUUUAAAUAUGUCCUUGUAUUCUCUUCAUCUUCUGCCAUGGAGACAAUCACCUGCCUCACCUUCUAGAGUGUUGUGUUUUUUUGUUUUUUUGUUUUGUUUUGUUUCAGGAAAAGAUGAAGGGAAAGUGAACUAAGACAGAUGCUGGGCCAUGUUGGCAAAGUAGCAUCUUAUGUAGUAUUUCCCUAAGGUGACUUUGUAUAUUAUUCUUAAAAAUUGUGUUCUUCAGACACUGUUACCUGCAAAAUUGUUAGAGAAAUAAUGUUUAAAUUUGUUUUUUAAAAACCUGUUACAUUACUAAGUAUUGUUAAUAAAUAUCUUUUUACUUGAUCUGAAUUCUCAAUGAUGUCUACAUUCUGUAGAUGAGACUGUGCUGUAGGGAGUUAGAGUAAUUUUCAUUUGGUGAAUCAGCACUCAUAAAACUAUAUAAGUUGCUCAGAAUAUGCUGUUGAUUCAGCAAAUAAAUAUAUUUUUUCUUUAAAUAGAGUCUUUUUGAAGGAAAAAGUUAUUUCAGUAAUUUGUUGAAAAUAAUUGCCUGUUUAGGCAUGAGCUAAUUAAUGACUGAGGGUGCUAGUUUUAUUAAAGAUAGUGCCUGUAGGACUAAAUUCCAGUCAAUAGGAUUUUCUUUUUGAUCAGUAGGGACAAAACACCCUUAGUAUUAAGUUUUAUUGUUUUUAAAUGCUCUGUUAUUUGAUAAAUAUUUUCAUCCUGAAAUAUAUGUUAUACUAAGUUUGGAAAAGCAAAAAAAUAGCUUUUAGAUUUGCAAGUUGGAAAUGUAAAAUUCACAAAAUUAAAAGUAAGAUAGAUUUGGUUGUCCCAGUUUAUUUCUUAAUAUAUCAACUGGUUAGAAAACUUGUCUCCAUCAUAGCAAAUUUUGUUAUAUUUCAAACUGUCAGAAGCCUGUAUGUUCUGAGUUAUAUUUAUAAAUAUAUUUUAUGAAAUUAAUCUUAAAAGAGACAUUUGUUCACAAUACUUUUCAAACAGGAUUUAAAUAUUAAGACAAAUAUUAGAAAUGACUUUUUCUUAUUUUGAAAUGAGGUUUUAUUUUAUUCCAUGUUUAAAUUAUUUACUUUGAUUUACGUGGGAAAAGCCUGAAACCUUUAUCAUGUGGUUGCUGAUAUGUGUAAUUAUUAAUGAAAUUUCACUCUUAGUUCCUUUUGAGGCUUAGAAUUUCAGUGUGUCAGGUCAAACAGUAUUACAGUCUGUACUUGGGUGCAGGAGAGAGAGCACAUUUGUAAAUGGUGCUUGCUGCCUGCCAUUUGCAACCUAUUCUCUUUUAAGAGUAGUAGGUACCAAAUUGUAAAAGUUUGAGUUUUUAGUUAUAUUACUUUUGAGGCUGGUGAAAAAUUUAAAUGUAAUGUUCUGGGAACACUGAUUUGAUAUUAAGAAAAUGUAUAUGUCUGUAGCACUUUCUUUCAGUUAAUUUGAAAACUUUGGAUGCUGAACCUUAUUUUGGUGGUUUAAAGGAUUUAAAAAUGCAUGUAUGAUUUUAACUUUGUAAUUGUUCUGACAAGUAAAAUUACUUGGACAACUUUGUAGGUAGCCUUAACUUCUGGCCAAGUUUGUUUUUUAUAUAAAUAUAUAUAUAUACAUAUAUAUAUUAUGUAUGUUGUAAAUUCAUACACUUAUCACAUGAAUGUGUUGCUGUAUACAAAACUCUUAAUGCUUUAUUCUCAAAUGCUGGGUUAAAAAUUGUUUUGAAAGCCUUUUAAAAUAUAUAUCUUUAUAAAGUAAUAUUCAGGAUGAUGAUGGAAAUUGUUUAUAUUGUUAUGAUAAAAAUGAUUGUAUAAUGUUGCCCAGUGUAUUUAAUGAUUAUUUGAAGAGGGAGAGGGGAGGAAGGUUCUCAUACUACUUUCUCCUUUGAAAUUUUCAGUUUAUUGGCUUUUAAAAAAUGAAUACUUCAGGCAGUGAGCAUUUUUUCAAUACCAUUUAAAUAUCCUGUGCUAAAUAGUUUAUGGCACAUUAUUAAUUUGGUCUGAAUAUUUGAUUCUUUCUAAUCCUUCCGACUUGACAUUCAGAGUGUUGAAUCAAGGCGAGAGGCUCAGAGAGGAACAGUUAAACACCUGGGGUAAGUUUAUCAGCAACUCCCGCACCUCCCUUAGAACCGCCCUUUGGAUUCAGUGUUUGUGCUGGAGUUCUCUUUCAAAUAUGACCAUGGGGGUGUAGGACAUGCAGAGGUGAAUCAUUCAUUUAAUGCUUAAAGUUAUAUAAAUCUUUUCAAAAAGUGUUUUCUUAUAGAAUGUGCUGUUUGUAUCCAUGCCUUCCCACCUUGUACACAGCCCUGUGUUCAAAUAGGUAAUAAUGAUCUUUUCCUGCAUGAAGUGAGGGUGAGGAAGCUGCUACAAGUGCAGCCAAAUCCAUUCCUCAUUUGGGUGGUUGUUGCUGUGGGAGAAUGUGCUGUGACAUGUGCAAAAGAAAUUCUCAGUAUGUGCGCCCUAGACAGUAACCUCCCCUCGUUUCCCUGAGGGCCGUGGACACACAAGGCCUCUGCUCUUCUGCAGGUCUUGCUCCUAGAGCCCAGGGCACCAGACUGCCUUUCCUAGACCUGUCAACCCACAGGGUAUGAAUUACUGAAUUAGCUGCUAUUCUGUGUGGAGUCACAUUAAGCUUUUUCUUACCCUUUCUUAUAGGAAACUGGAGGGUGGGAAAGGAAAAAUUCAGAGUGCUUUCAUUUUGUUCAAACAAUUAGAACCUUCCUAUGACAGGAUCUAACAAGUCAUUAUUAAAUAUAAACCAGAACCAAAGCUACCUCUACUCUAGUGUUUCCUCAAGCACAAAGCUCUCAGGCAUUAAUGAGACCCUCGUCUCCGAUUUCUUGAGCAUCAGCAAGUUCCAGAAGUGAUUGUUUUUUGUAGUCUUCUGGUCCCCUUGUAAGUACACACUUUCCCCUGUUCCACACUGUGCUGAAAUGACAAGGAUUCUUCUGAGAAGCCAAAUUCUGUCCAGGCAUGAGCUAGAGAUGCUGUUGAGUAAAGGAAAACCUAGAACUGAAGGGAAGAAGGGAAUUCCUGUGCUAAUAGUCUUUUGAUUCAAUAAAUCAGUUCUUUUCUGCGAAAUGGUCUUUUCUAGGAAAUGGGAUGAUAUUUUUAAAUGUUUUUCUCAAGUUGAGGGCAUAACAAUUAAUUCCUCCGUUGUUGCUGUUCUGUGGCUGAUGACGGUUUUGAAAAAGCUUUAACAUUUCUGCUCCUAAGCUUGGGAUAGAGUGUUUUUACCAGUUUUUAAGUGUUGGCUGCAGCUUUUUGUGAUCCUCUGAUUUGCAGUGUUGUAAGUUCACAAACUAAAUUUUCAGAAAGAAUUUUGUUCCAGGUCAUGCCUCUUGUCUCUUUGGGAUCAACAUGUCUUUUCAAUCAUGAGAUUGGCAA